GCUGAUGCCCGGGGCGGCCCCGCGCGCUGCCGUGGCCAUCGACUGCGGCCACGUUGACAGCUUGGUGAGACCCUGCCUGAGCUACGUUCAGGGCGGCCCCGGCCCGUCUAGGCAGUGCUGCGGCGGCGUCCAGACCCUCCAUAACCAGGCGCAAUCCAAGAGCGAUCGCCAAGCCGCUUGCUACUGCCUCAAGGAUAUCGCUGGUCGCAUCCACAAUCUCAACAAGGACAACGCCCGCAGCCUCGCCCCCAAGUGCGGUGUCGACCUCCCAUACCACAUCAGUCUCGACAUCAACUGCAACAGUGUGUAAUGAGCGACGAUCCGUCAAGCUGGUGCUCAGCUCAUCCAUCCACGUGGAGUUGAAGCGCGCAGCCUCUAUCCCUAUGUAGUAUGGGCACUAGUUAUGCGAGUUUAUACUGAAUAUGAAUAAGAACUCUCUCCUGCUGGCUUGCUGGUACUCCUCUGGAGGAGAUCAGUAUCUGUGUACCUGAGAGUUAAGAGUUUGUACCAUGGGCACUCCCAGUGUUUAUGGACUUUUAUACAUACAGCUCGUUCUGUUCA